GAAGCGGUUGCCUAGGACGCUGUUGCCUGGAGACUGCUGCGCGUGCGCGGCGGGACCGGGCCUGCGAUGGAGGAUGUGCUGGAUACAGAGACCCAGCGGGUUGCAAAGACUGGCCGUCGAGCGCAGCAGUCCCAGGACACUGUAGGCACAGAGGACCCCCCAAGCAAACCCACCCGUCGACUGGGAGGAUGGGCAGAUGACACCCCCCGCCUCUCCAAAUCUGGUCGAAAGGUGUCGGAUGAACUCGAGGACAACCGAUUGAGGCCCCAGAGCCCUGAGGACUCAGAUGAUGAUGGAGACAUCCCUGUCAUUCCGGACCUGGAGGAGGUACAAGAGGAGGACCUAGCCAUGCAGGUGGCUGCCCCACCCAGUGUCCAGGUGAAUCGGGUGAUGACAUACCGUGACUUGGAUAAUGAUUUAAUAAAGUACGGAGCAUUCCAGACUCUGGAUGGAGACAUUGACCUGAAGCUGCUGAGUCAGAUGUUGUCAGCGGAACAGGAUGUCCGAGAGGAGGACGAAUGCUGGAGCUGGGACCAACUCUUUACAGAAGUGUCCUCGGAGCUACUGACAGAAUGCGAGGAGCGCAGUGGGCAGGACGAGGAGGACCUGAGGCUGCUGACAGCUCACUCCUGACCAGGAGAACACGCAGGCCUGUCCUCUGUGGCUUCCUUUGUGUUUGGGGCUUGCCUCUGACUUCACGCUCUGAGGCUGUAAAAUAAGAAUUUGCUUUUAUACCUCU